AUGGGGAUAGCAUCAGUUAUCAACUUCAUAAAACAACAAAAGCUUCAGUUGAGGUAUGUGACAACGAUGUAAACUUAGUAGCUCUAGAGUGGAAAACGGUGGGUAAAAGACCUCGAGGACGACCCAGGAAAAGAUAGCUGUAUAUUGUGGAGGAGAACCUUAACAGGAUCAGAGUACAAGAUUGAGAGAACUAGUUCAGAAUCGAGAAAAAUGGAGGGAGAUCGGCCAAAAUUCGUAGGGAGUAUUAAAUGCCAGUAAAGAUGAAGACUAAUUUAUUUAAAUAAUUUUUGCGAGAAAAUAAUCAUUUUUAGAGUAAUUUUAGAUUCUGAGUGACGGGAAGAAGCUUAUGGUUUUUUAGAGAUAUUAAUUUUUCUUUUCUGUUGACAACUUUUCUACCAGAAAACCUAAUUCGAUUUUUACGUGUAGCAACUUUUCCGAAAGGAAUUCGGUGCUGGGAAGUACCUUAAAAUAAUCAUUUUUCGAUUUUCUCAUUAAAUGCGUAAAACUAUAAAAAAAAAAACGGGAAAAUGUACGAAAUAUAAUUGUAAAUAUUACGAUUUUUUUUUCUAUUGUAAAAUUUUUUUACCAGCAAUUUUGUUUCAACUUUGCAAGUGUUAGUAAAUUUUCUAUAAGUAAACUUUAUUGGGGAGGUACUUUAGAGAGGUCGUUUAUCGAUUUUCUCCGGAGUUUUCUCAGCAAAUGUGAAAAAUUGGGAAAAACUUAGAAAACCGGGAAAAACGUAUGAAAACCGGGAAAAUCGGUAAAACAUUUAACAAAUAUUAUUAAAGAAAAUAUAUAGAGCCUACUUAAUUAUUUUAUUAUUAUAUUAUGGCAUAAAUAUUGUUGAUAAAGCAUCACUAUCAACUGAACUUCGCUCAGAAUUGUUUUUUCGUAGGUAAUGGUUUAUUGUUGCUUACAGGUGUACAUUAAAAUUAAAAUUACCCAUAAAUAGUGGCUUUACUCGUCCCCAUUAUCCUAGAACGUCUUUUUUAAUGAUUAAUUCAUUAGUAUAAUCAAAACUUACCUAUCAUGCUUUUUAGUUUAUUUAUGCAAUUUUUGUGUUAUUUUAUACGUUUGAUUGCACAUUUUAAGACAUUUUUUAGGUCAAAUUCUUGGCUUUAGUUCUCAGUUAUAAAACCCAAUAAAAUAGUUUUACGAAAAAUUAGACAAUCUAACCAGAGAACAGAGUUAUUAUUUCGGGUUGAGUGAAAAAUAAUUAUCUAAAAAUAUUUUAGGGUUAUAACUGUGUAAUGUGUAUAUACUAUUAUAAUAAACGUUUUAAAUUAAACCGUCGCGUUAACUUUAUAAAGAUCCCGAAACGAAUUAACACAUAAUCAUAAACACUGAUGUAUAUUGAUGGGUUCGUGCCAAGUAUUUUUAUAUUUCCACAAUACCGUAUUGGAAAAACGGUUUUAUUAAUGCAAUUAUCAAAUUAUUUUAAAAACCACAUAUGUUCAUUGAAUUGUAGAUAGUAAAAAGUAAACAUUUUGCUCCUUUUUGUUUUACAAUUUUUUCAAGUUCGACAUAGAUUUUUAAAAGAUUCGAGUAAAGCAGAAUGUACUAAUACCUAUAAUUUGGUGAACAAAGCAGAUGACGCAUCAUACUAUCAAUUUUGUUCCGAUUUACAAUGGUAGCACUUUUUUUGAAAGAAAAUUUGACAUGGGAAGGUACUUUAGGGAAAUCAUUAUUUGAUUUUCCAGAGUUUUCCCAGCUAAUUUGGAAAACCAGAAAAAAAUAUGGAAAAAACGCAAAUUCAGAAAAACGGGAAAAUCGGUACAAUAUUAAACAAAUAUUAUUAAAGAAAGUAUAUAAUGCUUAUUCAAUUAUUUUACCAUAAUAUGGCGUACCUAUACAUUGUUAACAAAGCAUCACUAUUAACUAAACUCCGCUCAGAAUCAUUUUUAGUAAACAAUGGUUUGUCGUUGAGAAAAGAUACAAAUUAAUUUCCCCUCUAUAUCCUACCAUCCUACCCAACGUGCGAAGUAUGUCCGUUUUUUGAAAUUUAUUUGUAUUAUAAAAUAUUUGGUUUUUUUUUAUGAUGAUUCCCCCCAUUAUUCAUUUCUAAAUACGCCUUUGAUAACGGUAUUAACAGUUAAUAUUUACAAAAUUAAUCGUAACAUAUAAUAUAUAAUAAAAUAAUAAAAUAAAAACAAAAUACGAACGGUUUGGAAUUCAAAAUUCAUCAUUAGGUAUAUCGCAGUCAAAAUGUAAAAUACCACCCUUAUCAUAAUAGUCCAGACGACGCAUUUAUUUAUUUAUUUAUUUUUUUAUUUUUGUACUUUUAUAUUUAUUUACGAGUAUUAACCAUUUCCCCUUUUAAUUUGUUUCCAAUUCAAGCAUAUUAAUAACAUUUGUAUGUUAGUGACUCAAUCAGGACAAAACGGCUGAAUGGAUUAGGAUGACAUUUGACACACAGAUAGAAUAUAUUCUGGAUUAACACAUAGGACACAUAUUCUCUCAAAAUUUAGUCUCUAUAAAGUGUGUUCAAGUAUAAUACUGAGUUAUUUGUAUUUUUGGAACGAAAAUCGAAAUAUUUUUGUUUAUUUAUGAUGGGUUAUUUUUUUAACGUGGAUGACAAAAAAAAACAAUUAUUACUAGUUAAUUUGGUUGUCAUGGGCAAAGAUGUACAUUUUAGAAAAAAUAGAAAAUAACCGGGAAACAACGGUUAACUGUGAUAGGUUUGGGUUGGAAACGGGAAACACGGAGAGACACGUUUUCAUAUAUUUUUUGUUCAAUAUUAUUAUGCACGAGCAAAGUCGUGCGGGAUAGCUAAUAUUAGUAUAAUUAUACUACCUACUGAAAUUAUUACAAUGCCGUAUAAUAUUGUGUUGUCGCAUGUUGUCUGGCAUAAUUGAAUAAAUUAAAAUAAAACAAAAACAAUAGAAAGAACUGAAAAAAACGUGCGGAAAAACUACCGCAGCAGCUGCAAUGACGACGAAAACGCGAUGAGGUUUCAUGAUUCACAUACGCACCACGGAUUUUACUUAUUUGUUGUAAUUUUUUUAGUUUUUCGUUGUUUUGUCGGUUGGUAUGAUAAUAAUAAUAUUAUGUUUUUUUCUCAGCCGAGCAGUCGUGGACAUCUUGAGUAUGUAAAUUGAUUAUUUAGAGGUAUAUUAUUGCGUGAAUGCCACGCGUGGUUUUCUUAGAAAGUAUACUACCAAAACGUAAAGUCUUGGCCCUACGUGUAAAAAAAAAAAAAAAAACAAUUUUUUAAUGGAUAAUUUCCCGCCCUUUUAGACCAGUAAGCAUUAGUAAGAUUAGUAAGCAGUGUGGCAGUGGUGUUUUGGCAAAACGUAACACGCGGUGAAAAUUAAUUGUAUUAUACUACUGCAUAUAUUUUGUUUACUCUUAUUUGAAUAUCCCGGUACAUCCGAAUUGCAUUUAUUGAUUAAUUGAUAUUUUGUCCAAAACGUGUCCAGGUUUUGUUCAUAAUUUGUCUAAGUUGCGUCCAAUGGUUUUCAACAGUAUACCCGAGUCACGAUCUCGAUAAUAAUUACAAAAUAUAUAAUAGUAUAUUAUAAUUUCCUAUCUAUCUUUACAGACCAAAGGCUGUACUCACUUAUGUAAAUGGCGUGGAAUAUUUAAUUAAUGUAUCAAAUUAUACUGAAAUUCAGAUUUACACGAGUUCUAAUUAUAUAUAACUAGCUCUGUUCCGCACAGCUUUGCCCUUGUCAGUUUUGUUUUGUUUUACCAUUGUUUUUUUUUUUUUGAUUAUUCCUCGUAGAAUGAAAACAAAUAGGUGGAAUGUGUUUUGUUGUGUCAUCAAGCUGUCCCUAGCUAUCCUCCGAAUUAACUUGAAUGGCCAUAAAUGCAGAAACAUUCUUUAUUUAUUACCAAAAAUAUAAUUACGGUGAGUUUUAUUGUUUUAUGAGAAAUGAUUGAUUCCCAUAGGCGCAACUGGGGGGGCUGCUACUCCCAAGUUUGAAAUUAACGCUCCCAAAAUAACGAAUACGUUUUUUCUUAUGGUAUCGUCUAAAUACCUUAAUACUUCAUAAUAAUAAAUACUUCAUAAUUAAUAAGCAGGACAAAUACAGAACCUACAGACAAUGCAUGUGUAUAUACAAAUAAAGUUGAAAAGGUUAUGAUACGUUUUUAUGUAUCAAAUUGAAAAUUAAAUGUGUAGUUGCUUAUUAUUAGUAUCACGUAAAGGGGAUUUCCCCUCCCAAAGUUGGUGGUCUAGUUGCGCCUAUGUUGAUUCCUCAUACAAACUAUCAUUAUCAUGCACUCACGGCGAUGGAGAUAGUUGCAAUGGUUACAUGCCAAGGGAGUGUGGAAAACCUUAUCAAACCUUACAACCUAACAACCUAAUAACCUUAUCAUUCGGGGAAUAUCAUAAUAUACGAAAAAUAAUAAUUGUUUCCGUUUUUGCAAUAUUUUUCGUUGAUGCUCCACUCCUAUUGGUUGAAGCGUGAUGUUAUAUAGCUUUCCUUGAUAAAUGGACUAUCCAACACAAAAAUCAUAUUAAUAGUAUAUAGAUUAUAUGCAAUAUGCAUUUAUGCCCAAUUAAAAUUUUAAAAUGUUUGUCGCCUAUUGUUGGAUCUAGGUCGAGCUAUCAGAGCCGCGGUCAUUGGGUUUUGCAAGAUAGACUAAGGCCAAGAGCGCAUCUUAGAAAAGGUCAUGGAAUCCAGAAAUUAUAUACGUAUAAUACCAAAUUCAAAUAUAAAAUUUUGAUGAAAAUUAAUAGACAUAUAUAGGGGCUACGAGAGCAGACAUUUUUGUGUGGCGAAAAGUGCCGAAAAAUCUUGUUAUGACUCUGAUACAUACUGCAACUAUUCACAGAUAAGGUAUUAAUACGAUUGGGUAUUAUUAUAAUUAUUACGGACGUAACUCGAAUCAAUUGCUGAAAAACCGUGGAUGCAAUUCGGAUGCAGCCGAAUACCCACACCAUUAUGCAGUAUGAUGGUUGUGCAGAAAAUGGUGCGUUACGUUGGUGGUGUUUUCUUUAAGGCACUCGAGAUGUUUAUUUUUGGACUUAUUUAUAAACAGUAAAUACUGUUAAUACUACUACUGCAAAUAAAUAGUACAUUAUGUUUGUUUACGAGGAAUUCUGCACAUAACAUUCCGCGGUUUUCUUACCACAAUACAUCGGCCUAAGUAAGGAUUCUUAUUAAAGCUACGAAAUACGAAUAACACUAAUGAUAACGGUAAGAAAUAAAAUAAAACAUAAACAUAUUGAUCCUCGAACUCGAUACUAUUCCAAGAAAGUGUCACUGGUAGUACCGUGUCUAUCAAAAUCAGGGCACCCGGUGGCAGAAAAAAGUACGGACGAGCAAAAAAAAGCUCAACUUGUUCGUUGGACGUUCACUCAUGCGUUUAUUGUAAACAUAUUCAAUUACAGUACUUUAAAAAUGUUUAAUGUUAUUUCUAUGAUCAUAGAGCUCAAUGCGUAAACAUUUCUCGUGUCCUAUUAGGCACGGCUCUGGUCACGAGCAGUGGUGGAUUCAGAGAGGGCGAUUGGGGUCCCCAUUCACUCUACAAUAUACUCUUAGUUUGAUUCGUCAUUGAAUUCAUCAUCAAUUUGUGCCUUAUAUGAAUUUUCAAAAUCACCCCUUCCCUGUUAUCAUUUUCUUGUCUUGGAUCUGCACGGGUGUAGAUAAAGCAGAAGAUAAAUGGAAAAACUAGGUCUAUCUGUUGGUCCAAAACCAUGUAGUGCUUCAAGAAAGUUACAGUUUUCUAAAUGUAAACUUAACAUCUUUUUGAUAAAAAACCACUACAAUGCAGUUUAGAUAAUUUAGAGAAAAACGAGAAGAUAUACUGAAACAGGUGUGCCAAUAUAUUUUAUGUAAGAAGUUGACAAGAUAGAGUAAUACAUAUUAUAGUCUAUGUAACGUUAUUUAAUUUACAUCUACGACAAUGACAUCUACUACAACUACUCGAUGAAUUAGCACAGACAAUUCUGAGUAAAGUUCAGUUACUCAUAUUUUGAAAUGAUGUGAUGAUUUUUAAGAUUUUCGUUAAAAUUUAAACUUAAAAACGCUUGUAAAAAAUCCGAUUAAAUUACAUUCGAAUUUGUUUGUUGACUUUUAAGAAGCUUAAGAAUACAUUAUAAUAAAACCUCGUGUUCAGUUUUUAAGUAUUUCUGCUCGGCCAAAACAAUUUUAUUUACAUAAAAUCAAAUAAACUAAACAAUUUGACAAAUUUCAAUUUGCUAAAUAAAUCAAACAUCACUAGAAUAUUUUUGAAAUUUUACCACGUUUAGAAAGAGCUAAUAUAAAUAUUCUGUGAAAAUUAUAGGCUCUGCUAUUAUUUUUAAUCGAAUUAAAGUUUAAAAAAAUUCGAAUAUAACGGAAAUGUAAAUACAUCAUAUACAAAAUACAAUAUAUAAAUACAUUAAAUACAAUAAGUAUAUGUAUUUUCCCAUUAUUCCAUAUGAAAAAUCAAAAAACUACCUUAUUUCCAAUGCAUCGCUGUACAGAAUUUGCUUUUAAAAAAGGUAUUACAUAUUACUUAUAUUAAGAUGAUAGGAGUAAGAUUUUUAAUAUAGAAAAUUUGUUCAGGAACCGAAAAAAAGGUUAUUUGCUUACCAUUACUUGCUAAGUUUAGAAUCUAAAAGGGAAACAAAUUAUUAUGAAUAAAAAAUUAUGUCUACGGUACAAGCACCUUAAUAUAAAAUAUAAAAUUGAAUUUAAUAUUUGUUAAGAAUUAUUAAGACAAAAGUAUAUAAUAUUAUGUGUUAAUAUAAUUAAUGUAUAAUAAAUAAUUAUAUGAGUAAAUAUCAACAAUUUUUAAAAAUCCACGGACGGGACUCUUAAUAUGAAAACAUGAUUAAAUAGGUAUACUGGUUUACGGUAUUAUUAAAAUUGUAUAGAACAGGUCUGAUUUUAUUUUAUUUAUUCUGUUUCCAUGUCCUUCACGUGAAAAAUGCUAUGCAAUUGAAAUACCGCUUAAUAUUUGAAAAGGUAUAUUUUGAAUUGAAUUACUUUUAUUAUGUAUAUUAUGUAACUAUGUAAUUAUGUACACACACGCAUAAGUGUUGAGUUAAUUUGGUUAAUUUCAAUUAAAAUUAGACAAAUAUAUGAGUGAAAACGUUCUGAAAAUAUUAUUAAAUCACAUCUUUGUCUAUUAUUUGCUUUACCUAAAUUGGUUUUGAAGCUUUUUUAUGCAAGGUAUAAAAAUUAAAACUUUCUAUUUAUGAUUAAAAAAAUUAUAAUUGAUAAAUUAUAAAUAAUCAUCAGUUUUGUCUGUCUAUUAGCCAAUCUCGCCAGAAUACGUACGUAAGUGUAUCUACAUAACCAAAAUUAAGGGGUUUUAAGCCCUCUCCACAACAUAUUUGAACUAUUUGCGCCUAUGAAUCAAUAAUAAUAUUUAAUACCUACAAUAAUAAUGGGUUACGUAUAGAUAGUUUAGAUAAUUAUCAUUUAGACUCUCUAUUUAUCGCAUUAUGAUAUUAUAUUGGAUAAUAUCUUUUGCUUUAGGUUUUUCAAUCUUCUGACUAGUUUAUAUUGCCCUCCUACAAAUCUCCUCCAUUCUUCCCUGUUUACUAUUUUCCUUUUAAUAUCAGCAUAUUCUACGUCCAGUUCUCCACAUGGUUGUGAUAUAAAAUUUGUUCUAGGUUAUUCUUUUCCUAUUUUCCCUGGUACAACACCUUCAAAGUUCAAUAAUUAUUUGCAUAGGACUAUCGUGUCUCAAAGUAUGUCAUAGCCAUUGUAAUUUUAUCGUGUGUAUCAAUGUCCUUAUGUACUGUACAAGAUAAUUAUGUUUCAACGUUUAUAUUCUCCUCGGACUUUGUGCAAUUUAUGCGGUAUUUACACCGAACUACGCGCCUUUUUUUGUGUACUGUAAGCUGCGGUGUACCCGUAUAUUGUAGUAUAACUCAUUUUUUGAUAUUUUUAGUGAUGCGAUAGGUAUAGCGAUGGUAAUAUUAUGCUAUUUAUACAUGUGCUCAAAACCGUAUACGUUUUGUUAAUAUGCCCGCGGUUAGGCACCUGCCUGCAUAUUAUAACAUAUCGCGCGAAACUUGGUCGGCGCACGACGCGCGUGGAACGGUAAGAAAAAAUCGGUCGGUUCCCGACGGCGCGUGCGAACGUGUUUAAUAAUAUUAUUAGGUAUAUACCGAUACCUACCAUACCUACCGCGGCAGUAGUCCAUAGAUACGCGACACGUUCGGGUGUCUGUGUGUGCUAUAUAUAUAUAUAUAUAUAUAUAUAUAUAUAUAUAUACACGGACAUAUAAAUAUAUAUAUAUAUACAUACAAAGAAAAAAAAAACAAUAUUAUAAUAAAUAUUACAUACGUUUUUUUGUUGUUAUUAUAGAUCGUUUUUUUUUUUUUUUUCUAAUCGCAUUCGCUCGCACCGGACGCUUAUUUUAUUUGAAGUCGCGGUUUCACUGCGCGUAAAAUCGCGGCCGUUUUCCCGCCCGUUUAUUUUUCUUUCCGAAAACACAAUAUACACGUCCCAAUAUCGUUAUCGUUAUCAUCAUUGCUACGGCAGUAAUAGUAAUUGUACAUACGUACGUACCUACGCGUGUAUAUUUAUAUAAUUUACGAUAUAGAUACGUGGGGUUUUUAUUACAUUGUUGCUCGUGAUCCCGUAUCUCCGCGCGCAUCCGAGAUUAUACAGGUACCUACUACACGUCCCGAUAGUAGACAAGUUCCCGACGGGAAUAAUCUCUGCGAGCAACAAGUGACGGACCUGUACCGACGACGACAGCAUCAUAUUCUCCGGGCGUUUCGUCGCAUGGUAGGUAAGUAGCUUUUAGCGUAGGCACAUAAUAUUACGAGUACAUGGGCCAGUAUCGAAAUUAAUUUAAUUCGUAAGUUCCAAAAAUCACAGUUUUUUAGAAAAUGGAAAAUCCGAAAAUGGGAUUUUCCCGUACAAUAAAGAAAUCCGAAAUUCAAUUUUCUUAUUUUAUACGUAAUUUAGAGACUAAGAUAUUGAAAACUGCCAUGAAAAGUUAACCUUCUGUUCUUUAUAGUCUAUGUCCGUAAUUUUGUAGAUUCCGAACACAGUGAUGAGGCGUGUAUUGGUUCUACUAAGAUUUGUUUGUUUUUUUUUCUUUUUUUUUUUUAAUGUAUUUUUUAUGAGCAAAUUUUCUAUACCAGAAAUCGCGUUCAAUGAAAAUACGACUAAAGAGUAAGAUUUGAUAAUGUUAUUCGAGUUUUCAUACUACGGACAUAUUUUGACAUAAACUGUUAUUUUCCGCGGUUUUUGACGGACUGAUUACGGAAUUGGAUUCACCUUCGAAAAUCCUGUAUGACCGGCGCAAGUGUCACUAACACGAUUUUCCCGUUUUCAGGAUAUGACAAUUUCGAUUCUAGCCCAUUGUUCGUACACUCGUGUAUAAUAAUAUUAUUAUCAUAGUAUAAUAUAUUAUUAUUGUAUUUAUUAUAUACUUUUUCCAAAUUAAAUCGUCCGAAAUCAAUUAGGUAUCUAUAUUCUAUAUCAUAAUUAUUAUAAUAUACGGCCAACGAAGGGCGCGCGAUGGCAUGCGGAAUAACAAGUUUUUUCGUUUUUUUCCAUUUUUUUUUUUUUUUAUUCCACUCCCGAUUAAAUUUUACGACGUGUGCCGCGCGCGCCGGAUACUUGCUGGCUGCUGUUGCCCCGGAGUUAAUACUGCAAAUUUAUUAUUAUUAGUAUUUUUUUUUCCCAAACCGGUAGAAAAAUCAAAGCGCCCGUCCGGACACGACACCACGUUUUUAACUUCCAUCACCGUACACUUUCCGUUCCGACUUGUCGUCGGCCGGCACCGUUUAUUGUAUAAAAUUAUACCGCGAUCACGAGUAUACUGUACGUGUAUAUUUAGCAUAAUAUUUAAAUAAUGAACACCUGCAGUUAUUACACGAAUCGUAUGUAUACAUAUAGGGGGAAAAAAUGGGCCGAGAGUCCAUCCGCAUUCGGAUGCAUUUUGUCCGAAAAAUAUAAUGAUAAUUAUUAUUUUCAAACCAAACCACUCCCGAUGGAAUAAUAUUAUUGUAUUAUAUUAUAUUAGGUAAAAUAUUUGUACGAAAAUACGUUAAAUGUGUCGAACGAAUCGUAUUCAUAGAGUCUUAUGCCGGGUGGCGUGAAAACAGUUCUGAAAAAUUAAUGGUUUGAAAAUAAAAAAUCUUGACAAAAUAAGUUAUUGAACAGAUUGCGUUUCAUGUACGACUCGUAUUUCAUUCUUUGCACAGUUUGUUUUAAAUAGUAAAAUUUAAACGAUCGUAAGUCUUCAUGGGGAUUUUAACUAUUUCUAAACGCUUUGAUCUUGGCGAUUAGUCAACUUUCGAAAAAUCAUCAUAUUAUUACGUUCAUCUGAUGAAUAUGAGAGUGAUGAAACUGAUAUUUUAUAGUUUUUAUAUCAUUGCACGAGGAAAUUAAACUACGUUUUUAUUUAAUAAAAUAAAAUAUGAGGCCAUAAGGAGAAUGUUCAUAAAUAUUCCGUGGUUAAACAGCUCUGCAAAUUGCACGUACAGAUCGUGAAAUCAUUUCAAUAACUCUAUUCAUUUUACAGAACGGUUUUUAAUUUUAAUUUUACCAAAAUUCUAUGCAACCCUUUAGGUAUCCUUUUACAGUUGUAGAUAUUAUUAUACUAUCGUAUAGUCUGAGAUUUUAACGGAUUGAACGGGUUUAUUUACCAUGUCAUAUCGUGCGCUUUUUUUCACCUCCAGACGUUGUGAACGAGUUUUUGACGGGUAAAAUGACUCCGGUCGUAAGUUUCACAUUAAAGAAAUAUUCUCAUUAUACCCGUGGAAAUUUGUAAAAAUUAUUUUUUUUUAAUUACAGGACGCUCAUCGUGCAUAUAUUUUGUUGUUUUUGUCCCCAUUUUACAAAUACACGUGACAUAGCGAAUUUUCCUCUGGCAGAACCGUCAAUUUUUUUUCUGUUAAUUUCAAUAUUAUAAGAGUGAAUUAUAAAACUUAAAGGUAAGAACAUAAUGAUGUUCUUGUUGAUUAUUUGUGUUUGUACGCUGGUUUUUUUCAUAUUUUAAUUUUUAAACGAUACGUGUAUAUAAUAUGUACACAAAUAUAAUUGUGAUACUUCACACACUUUUUAAAUUAAAAUAACAAAAAAAAAAAAAAAAAAAAAAAACCUGUACACAAACACAGGCAAUAUUAACAUUAUUCUUUCCUUCGAAUUUAAUAAUAUAUAGGUCAAUUCAUUUAAAAAAUUAAAAAUAACAGUACAAAACUGAGUGUUUUGCUGAAUGCAUAUUUACUUUGACGUGCGCAUGUAGUAAGACGGAGCAACAAAUAUAUAAUGGUGUUUAUUAAGUGUCCUCUUAAAAAUGAAUAAGUACUGAAUUAUUUUCAAUUUGAAAUUCAUAUAGCUCGCAUUUGUAGUUGCGUUAUUUUUCGUGUAAAUGUAAAUUUCGCGAAAAUGAAUUUUCUGACUAUAUUCAAUUACAAUACAGGUAGUAAAUAAUUAGUAUUUAUUAGGUGACGAUAUUUUAAAUAAAAUUCGAAUUUGAUCGUCCGUAUGACGGAAAAUGAACCGUACUUAUUUUUAAAUAUAUUAUAAAAACAUUUCCCAUAUUACAAUACGACCAUUAUCAAAUAAUAAUAACAACCAACAUAAAAAAUAUUGUGAAAUGUGUAAACAAUGUAAUGCAUUUGCAAACGUUUGUGCGUUAUUAAUUAUUAUUACGCUGAUAAGACCGAUCCGCAGUCUAUUUAAAUUGUAAUAAUUUAUAAACGACCUUAGCUACUGAUGUGCAAGUAGGAUAGGUAUUAUACAGGUACACUUGUCCAAUAUACUGGUGUAAGUACGAAUAGUCGUGCGUAGAAUGCUAUUUAAAAUAAUCGCAAUAUUAUGUAUUCAAAAUUAUUACAAUCGUUUAGGAAAACGAUAUGUUUGCGGCGGUUUAAGAAGACGUCACAACGGUACUGAAUACAGACUUGAAUACUUAAUUAUGUAGGACCAAUAAAUUUCCUAGGAAUCGUUUUUAGCAAUAAAAAAAUAAUUUUGAUACGAGGUCUGCUUCGUACAUAUACGUCCCACGAUAGUGUCCCACGAAGAUUUUUUACCCAUUGUAAUAUCUUCGGAGAUAAUAAAGGUAAUCAAAUUCUGUUUUUAUUUUCAUAUUACUCACAGGGAUAAGGAUUUUAACAUUUUUAUUUUAAUUCAUUUUUUAUGCUUUUGUAAAAAAACUCCGUGAGAUAUCCAGUAUAGUGUAUAUGGGGGCCACCACACCAUCUAUUUCUGACAAGACCCGAGUCAAGUUAACCAAGCAUUUUCGCGCUACUACUGUUCAUAGAAAUUUUUUAAAAAAUGUCUAAAGUGUUGAUAAAAUAUAAUUGUAAAAAAAGUUGACUUUUAUUUCAAUUACAAAAUACUCUAUAAGUUUAAGUCCGGAUCUAGCUGUCCAACGAUCGCCAGCAACCACAGUUUCAGUGUAUCUAACCGGUAAAAGCAAAAUUACGUCACUUAAAAUAUACACAUAUAUUGUGGAAUUUAGGUUGAAAUUAGAAUUUGAACAUAAGCAAAUAAUAAUGUAAAGAGGAACAUAUUUUCGAGGGCUGUACGUUGCUUUUUUUAAAACAAAUUCCGUACAAAAAAGGUACAACUAUUUAAAGAAAACAAAACUAACGUAGUUGUAGGUUCUAGGCGUGAACAUUUUGUAGAAAAUAAUUAUUUACAGCUCUCAAAAAUAUUCUUCUCUAUACAUUUUGUUAUUUACUGUGUUUAAACAUAUGUAUUUUAACAUACAACCAUAAUUUAUAUGUUCUAAUAAGUAACGUAGUUUUAGUAUGUUGCCCGUUAUAGCUGGACUGAAACAGUAUGUGGAGUCCUUUAAAUAAUAUAUACCUACUGUUGCAUCGUGAAUAUUUCACGAAAUAUUUCAGCUGUGAGCUGGUUGAUGGACUAGGAUUAAAAUGGUUUUUUUUUUUCAGAAAGAUCGAAGUACCAAUAUUAAUUAAUAAUAAGUAAUAAUACAUAUUUUGCGCCUUUUUUCUGAAUGUAAACUUUUUUGCCUUAACCUCAGAUACGCGGAACAGUGAAUUCGACGAUUAUUUUUUACUAUCUUAAACUGAAAUGCACACACGUGAACCACACGGAGAUUAACAAUUUUAAAAUAGGCUCAUAUUAAAAAUGUUUAUUUUGGAGUUCCGAUAUUCAUAAAAAAAAAAAGAGAGAAACUAUUUCAGUUUAUUUCCACUCGGUUGAAGUGUUUAGUGUUACAAUUUGUGUAAAACACACUGCAAACUGCAUAUUAUGUAUCUAUUAUUGUUAUUGGAGUAUUUGUAGGAGUUUUAUGUUUUGAAAUUAGAUACUAAUAAUAUUUAUAAUUGAGAAAUCGUACUAACGUAAAUCGUAGAUUCCUAUUUUUUUUUUUUUUUUAUCAACUGUAAUUUACCAUUAUGUGAAAUCAAAUGAAAAAUCGGAGUUCAAUUCGGUUUGUUGGAUGUCGUUGAUUAUCAAUAAAAAAAUAAAAAACAAAACAAAAAAUAUGGUACGAAAAUAUUAUGUUGACAAUGUCAAAUUGAGUUAUCCUUAUUUCCGUGAAAUCAUUUUUGUCCGUUAAAACGGCUGUACUCCUUCCUCCUAAAUGACUGUUGGCAUUAGAUCAGCAGAGAAACCUUAUCUACAACGUGGCCAUUUAUUAUCGUUAAAAUAUUUAAAAUAAUUUCCAAAUUCUUCAAAAUUAUAGAAAAUUUGGAAACCCGGCACCGGGUCCCCUUAACUAUGCAGUAAUAAUAUUUUCAUACAUAACCCACAAUGUUAUAUUGCAAACGGUGAAUACCCUUGUUACACUUGUUUAUACAUAUAAACAAUGUAUAAUAGCAAUAAAAAAAAAAAAAAAAUUAAUACCUAACUAACUAUACCUAUAAAAACAAACUAUUUUAAUUCUGUCCGCACCUUAUGGAAAAAUUAAUUAUAUUUCAAAAUAAAUAUUUAAAUUACACGUGUCUAUAUAAUAUAAUAUAAUAUCAAUAUAAAGUCAAUAAGUCGUAAAUUGUAAUUUAGGAAUAUUAGUCAGUUUAUAUAUUGGGUAUUAUUUUUUAACUAAAUUUUUGAUAAUAUACUCGCCUCUUUUACUCUUUUGGCAGGUAAAAGCCAAUACAGAUCUAUACAAGUAUGCUUUGUAAUUUGUAUGUAUAUAUGUGUAUAAAAAAAAUAUUAAAUACCUCAUUGUGAUCCGUACCGAUAAUUAAAUUACGUAGCAAAAUACAUGGUUUAAUAAUAUUAUUGCACUUUAUCGUGUUUAUUACUAUUAUUUCAAUAGAAGUAUAACAUAAUAAUGACGUUUUCGUUUUUUGAAACACUUUAGCCUUGUCAUACCUUAACGGAAGAAAAAAAAAAAAAAUAACGAACAAACACGUCGAAUACUAAUACAACAAUUAUUAUUAUUAUUAUUAUAUUAUACCGAAUCGAUUGUUAUCCGCGAGUCUUCCGGAUUAUAAAUAGGUAGUUUAUCGUUUGGACGAUUAAUAUUUGACUCACAGACUCAAAAAUGUUAUGAUAUGGCGAAUAUUAUUAUGCGUGGUGUUGGUAUAAAAAUAUAUGUUUAGAAUAGACUGUCGCUGGGAAAUCAUAUAUUUUAAGAUGGCAAUAUCUGAACAUCGUUAUAAUAUAUGGAAGUCAGCCAUAAUGUUCACGGUAAAAAUGUCCGAAAAAAAAAUUACUGCAUCGAUAGUAAAACAAAUGUAUAAAUUUUAUGUACAAUAAUUACCUAUGCACUAUGUGAUAAUUUAUAUUAAAAAACCAUAAUAUUAUAUUAUAUUAUUACACCUAAAAGAUAUACUAUUGCAAUUCAAUUUUGAGCGAAGCGUUUUUUGUCCAGAUUCUGAGUGGAGCGAGAAAUGCAUUGAUUUUACAAUGAUGUUUAUUUUUUUUUUCUAUGAACAACUUAUUUACCAGAAAUUUUGUUCAGAUUUUCAAGUGUAGCACUUUUUUUGAAAGGAAAUUUUACUGAGGUGGUAAUAUAAGGACGUGAUUUUCUUAGUGGUUUUCAUAUUAAACGGGAAAAUUUACGAAAUGUAUAUUUUAAAAUCGUAAAUGUUACGUUACGGCCUUUUAAAACACGUUUAAUCGAAUUCCGUUUAGAAUUGUUUUUCGUAAGCAUUGAUUAAUGUUCGAAUAUAGAAAUACAUCAAAUUUUCACUUUAUCUUUUCAAUUUCUCACCUACAACUAAUCGUGCGAAGUAUGUCCGUUCUUUUUUUUUGGCCUCUGUGAGCAAUUCUUCUACCAGAAAUUUUUCUCCGUUCAUAAACUGACAAGAGACUUUUUGCUGAAUUUUUGAUCUAGUUGGCGCACUAAGGAGAUUAUUUUUUGAUUUUCCAAGUAAUUUUCAUAAAAAUUGGAAAAAACCCCAAAAAUGUUACUAGAAAAACAGAUAAAUGUUUGAAAAUGUUUUAAAAUAAUUGUAGAUCUAGUAUAAUGUUCAAAACAUUUUCAAUCGAUUUUUAGUUAUUUAUAUACAUUUAAAAUUUUGGCGUUUUUUUUUUUUAAAUUUCUAUUUGGUUUUAUGAAAAUAUAUUGCUUUGGCCUAGUUAAAAUGUUUUAAAAUUGUAUACGAGGUUCGUUGUAAGUUGUAUAUGAUGGUGAAAAACAAAGCCUACGUUACGUUUUUCGUAAUCAAUGUCUUAUCGUUACGUACGGAUAUAAAUUAAAUAACUCUUUAUAUUCUCCAUUUCAAUUUCCCUCUUACACCCCACCCAUCAACAAGAAUCAGCCUUUUUAAACAUUUUAUUAACGUAUUUACGAUUUUAUUUUUAAUUAACAUGUAUAAACACGUGAUGGAAUAAUAGACAAUUUAUUAUUACGAAAGCCAAAAUCUGUAAUAUAAAUACGGUUAUAUAGACGUAUUUAUAUAAUUUCGUCUGUUUUUUUUUUUUUAUGUUUAUAAUAUUCAAUUAUUUUUUUUUUAGGAAAUGGUCCGUUCGUCAAAGAAAUUACCGCCAAGUCUUUUGCGUAG